AUGCAGAAAGGAUUGAAUCUGGUUUCUCUUCUGGUCCUGGGGUGGGCCUGGACCCUCCAGGGGCUCCCCGUGCUCCCCGAGCCUCUGUACCCCACACAGGAGAACUUUGAUCUGACCCGGUUUCUGGGAAAGUGGCAUGACGUUGCGGUGGCGUCCACAUGUCCCUACAUGCAGAGUCACAGAGGAGAUGCAGCCAUCGGCUCACUGGAGCUGGAGAGCGGCAGCACCAACAGCACAAUCAAGAUGACACGGAUUGUACUGCGGCAUGGUGUAUGUAAGGAGAUCAGUGGUGAUUAUCAGCUCACAACCACACCAGGACGAUUCUUCUACCAUAUCGAGAAGUGGGGGGCCGACGUGGACGCCUAUGUGGUUCACACCAACUACGAUGAGUAUGCCAUUGUGAUAAUGAACAAGAAGAAGACGUCAGGGACCAAGAGCACGUCAGUGAAGCUCUACAGUCGAACUAUGGAUGUGAGAGACACUGUGUUGGAUGACUUCAAAACUCUGGUCAGACAACAGGAGAUGAGUGAAGACACUAUCAUCAUCAAAAAGAACAAAGGAGAGUGUGUUCCAGGAGAGCAGGUGGCAGAGCCCACAACUCAUCCCGAGCCUCAGAGGGCUAAAAGGAACGUGGUGCCAUCCCUGGCUCCUACAGACAUGGAGGGCUCUGGGGAUUUGCUUGUGUUCAGAGAGCCAGACGCCUGUAAGGCACAGCCGGACACGGGGCCAUGUUUCGGGAUGAAAGACCGUUACUUCUACAACUCUACUGCAAUGGCUUGCAUGAUCUUCAAAUACGGAGGUUGCCUGGGCAACCAGAACAACUUUCACACGGAGAGAGAGUGUCUGCAGACCUGUCGCACUGAGGCGGUGUGCCGCCUGCCCAUGGCCGCUCACGCCUGUACGGGCGAGCCGCCAAUCUGGGCCUUCGACUCCUCCGCCGGUCUGUGUGUGGCCUACAAGCAGGGCUUCUGCCAGGGCAACGGCAACAAGUUCUAUACCAAGGCCGAGUGUGAGGAGUACUGCGGCGUGGCCAAAGAAGAGCAGAAGUUAAUAAAA